AGAUCAGUGUAGGGAGUUUUCGCGGAACAAUUCCCCGUCUUAUGAAUAACGACGAAUUACCAGCAACUGCCGAAAAUGCGAAAGGACUACUCUUGACAUCUUUGAAACCAUCAUUAACGGACUGAACAUUGGUUUGGUACGGGAGAUAGCUGCUACUGAGGGAUCCAUUCGGUCAUGACUCAAACGGAGACGCGUGCAUGUAUACGUAUACCAUUGUUGUUCGGGUGUCAUUUCUCGUAAAAGCCAGGUCUCGCAACCUUACGACGAGCUACGACUGACAAAGAUUGCCGGCCAGAUCACAACAAUAUAUAUCAUGGGACACUCUUUUAUCCGUUGAGUCGACUGCAUCACAUCACUUGUUGAAGCGACCUGUCAAGGAAUUCGUUUUGCUGCAACAACCGACGUCGCAACAUGUCCUAACUCAUAGUUCAUGCCGAAAAGGACUAAUGCAACCAAAAUGAAUAUCUUCAAAUCUAAACGAAAGUCUCUGACCAUUACGGAAAAGGAUCCGACACACAAGGUCCUAUAUCUCGGCAAUGUCCACACUGCAAUGAUGAAGGGGGAGGGCUGCGUGGAUAAGCCGGUGAAUAUCAUUUGGAAGAACUACGAGCGCUCCGCAAGCGCGGGGAAAGACAUGGAAUUGACCGUGACUGCGUACGGCAUGAAAGUGAAAACUCGAGAUCAGGGAUUCACGGAGUACCGGGCACAUAGGAUUACAUACGUUAUUGCCCCUCCGCAAUAUCCGAAGCUAUUCGUCUGGGUUUAUAGACAUGAAGGCAAAAAGAUGAAAGUAGACUUAAGGUGCCAUGCUGUGUUGUGUAAAAACGAAUCGAAAGCCAAAGCUAUAGCUGUGAUGUUGCAUGAAAAACUGUCUCUUGCGUUGCGCGCGUUCAUGACGGAGAAAAAUUCAAAACAACGAGCACGGCUUUUGAUGCAACGAACGAAAUCUCUCCCUAAGCCUGGUGGUGCUAUGCCUUUGAGAAAGAAACUGUUGAGCACUGCCGAAAAUUUCAAACCUUCCGUCGAAAAGUCGUCUUCUGCGCCAAAACUGAACGACAUCUCGGAAGGUGUGGAGCCAGAGGACUACGAGGCAGACGACAGAUGUGCAGAAGCGAACUGCGCAUGUAUGCUGUCGCUGGAGGAGGAAGAGGAUGAAUUUGACCCCGAGGACUAUGUUGUGCGGUCAGAUUUGGGGAGCGUAGCUAGUGAUAGUAGCAGCGGUGAUGCGGUCGUGCUACAAGACCCAAUGGGCGACGACACUGAAUCUGAUUUCGAAAAGGACAAUGAUGUUGUGGAUGACUUAGAUUUGUUGCAGUCACGAAUUGUCGCUUUAGAAGUGGGAAAUGACAUUGACAAAUUGAAAAAUGACCAAGCUGUCCUCUCUUCGAUGCAGAAUCCUGACUCUGAUGUUGAUGAUGCAGAUUCUGGUUUUUCAGAGCAAAAGGAGACCACGUAAUUGAUUUUUAAGCUAGUUCAGGGAAGGAUGAGGUCGAUUUCGACUACGGUUAGCCGGCAUACCUUGAUCAUAAUCUAUGACGGUAUUCUGAUGAUAGAAUCUAUGAAGAGUCCAUGGCAGAUUCGACUUGGUCGUUUCGAUGAUAGGCUACUAUAUAUUGAAGGUAGAGUGGACUGUGACAUUAGGAUCAACGUAUAGAGGAUGUAUGAAUACAUUGAGACAAAAAAGCUUAGUGUUUUUUCUCUCGUAGUGAUCAAUGCCAAUCAAGCUGUUUUCUUACUAAGCUCAUGUCACAUCCAAGGUCCAAGAAAGUAUAAAAAUUCAUCCUUAUAUUGUUGUGUAGCUCUUGAAAAUCAGAAGGCUGCCAUUAGCAGCUGGCCUUACUGGUCUGUGUAUGAUGUACACUGUAUAUAUUCCAUGUAAAAAUCGCUCAACGUUUUAUAUUUGAUGGUGCAAUAUUCAAUACUGAUUAUGUUCAAUUCAGGUUACCGGUAUAUCUAAGUUUGCCAUGUUUUUGUCCAUUGAAAUCUUUAAGGAGACAUGCCGUCAUGCACAGCUUACUUCCUCUAACUUUAUCACGGUUUGAGAUAUAUUAUCCCGAUCAGACAGAUAGAAAGAAAGAUUAUGAAUCUGAUUAUCCACGAUAACACAAUUUAUAUUUUGUUAUGACGCGUCUGAGAUAGAAACGCACAGAGGUAGCAGAAGUCGCUAACAUCUGCGUGUCACAGAAGUUUGUUGUCUUCACAUAGAAAAACAUUUCUUGUUGUUGUCGUCAGUAGCAUUGUAAUGUUUGAGUUUUAAACGACAAAUUCCCACAAAACAAAACGUUCGAUUUUAUACCAUCAUUUUGAUUUUAAAGACCGAUGCGAGACGAUUUCGCAGCAUUGCACUUUGUUUUAUCAGUAAGAGGUUGCUUUAAUAACCCGUUCUUAUGCUUGUUUUAACCCUCUUCAGGCGUGUAAUUCAAACCUUCCCGAGCCUUAUAGUUCAACUAUCGACCUCUUGCACUUAUGUGUGGAAGAGGAACCGAAAGUGGUUUCGAAUACACCAAAACGCGCGGCAGACACUAUAGCCUACACUAUCAAGGUACAUGUAUAACAUUCUUGAUAUUCCUUUGUCAGUACUGUCUUUUCAGAUAUGUUCAGGACAUACAAGGCAAUGCCAUGCACUCUAUAAUACAGACAAGGCAAUGCCAUGCACUCUAUAAUACAGACAAGGCAAUGCCAUGCACUCUAUAAUCCAGGAAGUUGACACUUCCAUGCUAAAAUAAGGCUGUGUACUUAUGUACAUAGAUGUUUUAUUUGGUGCUAACAUUCUUAACAUUCUCACCAAAAUACAAUGUUAGUACAAAAUGUAUAUAUUAUAUUAUGUACGUUGGUUGAAUCUUGUCUUGAAAUGUCCAGGUUCCGUGAUGCUUUGUGAUAAGUUAGUUACUGCGGACGUCCCCAAUACCAAGAAUCUAAGAUAUGCUUGUUAAUACGGACAUAUCGUUUUAUGGCGUCAGACACAUUUCCUCAAAUGGUAAAAGUUGGACAGGCAGUCUUGAAGUUCGACCUCGUUGAGCCUUGCGUGUCAAGAUGCUGUUCAACCUGACGCUUGUCAACCCUUUUAAUAACACGUGACACAUCAGACGGUUAACGCCCACACCCAUCACUGCGUGGCAGAUGUUUGAUCACUGUGCCGUCUGUCGUCGACAUGCUAAACUAUUAGUUUGAUUACAUUAUUUUGACCAGUCUCUCACACUAUUCUUUUUCCCAAUUCUCAUACGAGUUCCUGGUUCUCAAUGUAAAUACAGUAUUAUGACAUAACCCCAGCCAUGAACGUCCAAGGAUUGGGAAUAGUAGAAAAAUAAUGGAGCCAACUUGUUACAUGUACUAUUAUUAUAUUGCCAAGCUCGUGCACCUGAGAUGCAGAGAGACAAGGGUCAACUUGGGUCUGUUAUUCAUUGUAUUCGAAUGUGGCAAAUUACAUGUAUAUGUAUAUUUAUGUGAAUGUGAAUAAAAUCCAAUAUUUUUUA